AUGGGUAUAUAGGCAGGUGAAAUAUGCAGCGGCAGCCGUGUACGUAAAUAUAUACCUGAAGGUAUUGCACAUGUGUGUCCGUACGUACAAAUACGGUCUCCUUCUCAUUGAUAUCUUUCCACCGUGGGUAAACGGACCCCCCCCCCCUCCCUCCUCCUUCAAAGACCCACGAAUUCUAACAGCCGCUUAAAAAAAAAAAUAAAAACCUUACGAUAGAGAAAAAAAAAAAACAUAAUCAAACCCAUCGUAGAUCUACCGUCACAAGUUACGCAGCUCGAACGACGGCUACGAAGGGCCAGAGGGGGAUGGCGAAGGAACCAUCGGCUCAGCGCCCCGAUCUGCCAUUGUUUGGGAUCGGCCAUAUUGAACCCUGGACGGUGGGGGCUCGGAGACUCCUCAUUGCGGUUCGCUGUUGGAAGACAACAGUUCUGACCAUGGCAUGUGUAACUCUAAAAAGGUCCUUAGAAUUUGAUCCCCUUCACCAUGGUACAUGUACCCCUCGGCCCCACAAGAGGCGGCUUUUUGUGCCGGGUGUCACCCAGAGGGCAGCUGUUCUGCCGCCAACAGAGCCACAGUCCCCAUUCUCGAGGUCCCCCACCAAUCUUAAAUGCAGGAUAUGUGCAAUCUACACUGUUGAGAAAGAAAUGGCAAGUUUUAUAGGUUCCAUGAAUGAUGCAGUUAUACGAGAUACCAAAAAGUGCCGCAAUCUGAAUUUUAGAGCAUUCAUAGAAUUAGGGAUGAAUAUAUGGUUGAAAUAUAAAACCAAAUAUGAAGUUGCCAGUAAUUUCAAUGUGUUACUCAUUCUGGUGACUUCUGGCAACUUCCUGGGGGGUUCACUGUGUACAACGGCCCAUCCCGCUCGACAAGUCACGAUUCCGAUAGUCCUACCUUUCAUGAUUAGUUACUUUUUCAUGGUGGCUAUAGGCUUGCUCAGCUAUAAUGCUUUAUUUAUUUAUUUAUUUUUUUUAUAUAAUAAUAAUAUUUCACUGCUCAUUAUUCCACAGGUGAAUCUCAUCUGUGAACAGCUUCUGCGAGAACGAGAGGUGAAGAUCCGUGAGGAGUAUGACAAGGUAUUGGCUUCCAAAUUGGCUGAACAAUACGAUUGUUUUGUACGUUUUACUACAGACCAGAUUCAACAGAGGCUCUCUCAGGCUGCCCUACCGAGCUAUCUUUCAUAAGGAAGAGAGAAAUGUUUGAUGUGGACUAUUGUGCCUUGGAAGGUACAAAGGUGGAAGUGGCAUGGUUGUUAAUACCCAAAAGUGUUAACAUUGUACAUAGAAAAUUACCAGGAAGAGAGAUGUGUUCAAGAGUGUAUUU